UAUGGAUAACGAUUAAACGAACAAACACCCACCAACGUUUGUCACCCAACAGAACUCCAAGGAAAGAGAUCCUCACUUUUCCAAAAUGGCUUUGAAAAGUUUGUCUACCCUUUCACACACCACCACCCUCUUCCACAAACUCACUCAUGCUUCUCCGUCUUCCCCAAUUCUAACCCCCAAAUCAUCUUCAUCUAUCUACAUUCACCAUUCCUGUUUGAGCAAGAGGAAACUCAUUUUGCUUUCCCCCUUUCUAUGGAGCGUCUUGCCUAAUACACUCUUGUUAGCACAAGAAUUAUUAACUGAUGACCUUCAGAGAUUCACUGAUUCCAAAGAAGGCUUCACUCUUCUUACACCCUCUUCUUGGACUAAGGUUGAUAAAGCUGGUGCUACUGUGUUGUUUCAAGACCCAAAUACGGGAAGUAACAAUAUUGGUGUUGUGGUAAACCCGGUUCGGCUUUCAACUCUUCCAGACUUUGGGACUCCUCAAUUUGUUGCUGAUAAGCUUUUACAAGCUGAAAGACGAAAGGUAUACAUACACUCUUGUUCAAUUUGUUCAAAGUUAGCUAGCUAUGUUGUAUUGUAUGUAGAGUAUAUAUAUACAACAAGAUAGAAAAUGUAGGAAUUGGAUUGGCACUGAGUUUGUGUUGGGGAGACUGGGGAAGGCGGGGGCAACAAUGGUCUCCCACAUUUCCACCGAUUGGCACUGAGUUUGUGUUGGGGAGAUUGGGGAAGGCGGGAGCAACAACAGACUCCCACACCCGAUAUCUUAAGGUUUUGGAUGGAGAUAUGACAUCUUCCUUUUUCUUGUGGUCUUGAAGCAUUGAACAUGUUGCUACUCCGCCUUCCCCAAGCUUGUAAUUUUGGUAAAAGUACACUUUGGUGCUUCAAGAAAUUGAGAUUGUAGCUGUGAUGUUGUCAAACUAACCAUGAAUCUAAACAUGUACUAAACAACACACUGAUGUUGCUUCUAUGGUUAAAAAAUUACCAAUUCAUAUUCAUGAUAUUCAUAUAGCAGUUACCAUUGAGGCUAACAAGAUUAGGAAACGCAAGAAGGUUUAUUUCUUCUAAACUCUACCUUAUUUACAUAUAGACCUACAUGUCUCUGUGACUUAAGAAUGGUUGAUUGAUACGCAUGUCUAUGUUAUUGUAC